CAUCCUUACAGAGUCAGCGAAUUUACUGGAUACUGCCACCACUCUGUCGAUCCUCAAGGCUCUUCGGCUCCCAAUAAGACAGGCCAUACAACGUUUUCUCUACCGACACUUUCUUGGAUUCCCUCGGUCCUUCAUCACUACCGCUCGCCAUGACGCUACCUAUAAUGAGUUCCCAGGAGGCCACCCUCACAGACCAAUACGCCGGACUUGCCCCGGCCAAUUCAGUGCCCGCCGAUGAAGUGGGCUCCGUCAAAGACUCGGCCACCACCGCCGUCGCCCCUGCUCGUCCGGCCAAGUCUUCCGAGAGCAUCAAAGACGGAAAGAAGAAUGCGGCCAAGAAGAAGGCCAAGAAGCAGUUCAAAAAGAGGGAGAAGAAGCACAAGAAAGUUGCUCGCAACGAGGAGGACUCGUCGGAGUCCGCUACGGAAGACGAUGGUCACCGAUCCGACGAUGACGAGACUUCAUCCGACUCCGAUUCAGACUCGUCCGACUCGGAGGAAGUUUCCAAACGCAAGGCCAAAUCGAGAAAGCACUCUGUUAACACUACGACCAAGAAGACUCGGCCUUCCACUUCCCGCUCCACCAAGAAGAGCAAAUCUUCCAAAAAGCGCGAUCCCUCCCUGUCCGCUUCCUCUUCCUCCUCGUCUGACACGGACUCGGACUCAUCGGACGACAGUGGUGCCGAGGAUAGCGACUCUGACGACGGUCUGACCAAGGUCCCAAUGACGGCGCAGCAGAUGCAGAUGUUCCAACAAUGGCAACGCGUCAACGGCUCCAUGGCGCUUGGCGGCAGCAACAAUAGUAACCAGCCAUCCUUCUGGCCUCCGCCUCCGAGGCGUGGCAACCUCGGCGUGGGCGACGGCGGGCUCGGCGAGAACCCCAUGUUCGGCAGCAGACUCCGGACGCGGGGGCGGCAGGCCCAGCCGUCGUCGUCGUCGUCGUCCAGGAAGAGGCCGAAGCUGGACUUCAAGCGGGUCGACCAGGUCUGGGACAGCGCCAUCCACCAAUACAAGCUCCAGGACACGGCGGCGACCACCUCGGACACGCUGUACGACGCCUACGUGCUCCAGAUCAGGCGGACCUUUGACUGGGAGGGCAAGUACAGCGCCACGCUCGUCGACGUGAAGAGCAAGGUCCUGCGCGAGUGUCUGCAGGAGGUCAUGGGCAAUAUCAAGGGCGUCAGCCUGGUCGAUGAGACGCCCAAGCUCGACCCCAACAUGCUGUUUCUCUACCUGGAAGACUUGCGAAAGUACGGCAAGAAGCUCAAGAAAACGGCGGCGGUGGGCGCGGACAAGAAAGAGCGCAAGAAGCAGAAGAAGCACAUCGAGACGAAGCGGCAGCAUCUCAAGGUUCUUCUCAAAUACCUCGACAAGGACUAUGCUCACAUCAAGAAGAGUCUCUACCCCAUGCUGGAAAACGGGCUCAUCACGUUCGACCUGCUUUGGGCGCUUUACAAGCCCAACACGCUCAUAUACACGACAACCUACGGGUCACCCGAUGAGCCUCGGGUGUUCAAGGUGGAGCAGGCAGAGAAGCUGAACAGCAUGACCAAGGGAGAAUUCUACUGGGUUGAUGGCAAAUAUCUAGAGUUCGACGGCAAGCAGUUCGGCUACGGCACUCUCUGCGAAGAGGUCCCAGAGUUCCGAGGGGCCCGAAAGAUCAGCAGCCUCAGUGCCUUUCCCCUCGACUUCCACAAGGACAAGGAGGCCAUCAAGGCCGCCCUGGUCGAGCGAGGCAAGAAGUUCGUGCAGCUCGGCGGUGUGCACUACCGGAGCCACCAAGGGCUGGCGUACUACAAGAAGAAGAAGGCCGUCAUCAAGGUCAACGUCAACGGGCGCGUCAUGGUCGACCCGGCCAUCCACCGCCGCAUCAACCCCAACUACCAGGUCUCCGUCGUCCGGCCUCGGGACCACGACGUCCUCUCCGACUCGGAGGAUGAAGAUGACGACGACGAGAAGGCAUGCGGCCAGGGCUCAGACUCUGACAAUGGAUGCGGAAGCGAUGAUGACGCCUGCGGGAAGAUGGUGACCAAGGUCGUGCGCGACCCCAAGGGCAACGUCCGCAUGAUUCGGGUCCCGAAAUCUGACGUCGAGGAGUCUGCGCCAGCGGAGCCGCUCGAGCGAGUCGAGGAGGUGAAAAGUGACGGCCUAUCCGAGGACGGCGAGAAGUCGAAGGAGCCGCCCGAGUUCUCGGCGGAGGACUACCUCAUCGCAUCAUCCGUCGUGCUGGGGUUCUCUUUCUCAGAGAAGCUAUGGCUCGAGUUCACUGUCUCUGGGAUCACCGACAUCCAGUGGAACGACAGCGCAUACGAGUCUUUAGUGCUCGAGCCCAAGCAGAAGGACAUUGUCAAGGCGCUGGUCGAGUCCCACAAGUACCACGCCGCCGAGAGCAUCGACGACGUGAUUCAAGGCAAAGGAAAGGGGCUUGUCGCCGUCCUCCAUGGCCCCCCUGGCACGGGAAAGACUCUCACGGCCGAGGGCAUCAGCGAGCUGCUCAAGUGCCCGCUCUACAUGGCCUCGGCCGGAGAGCUGGGCACCGACUCGCGAUACCUCGAGGCGGAGCUGCAGAAGAUCCUCGACAUUUGCCACGCCUGGGGUGCCAUCCUCCUCCUCGACGAGGCCGACGUGUUCCUGGAGAAGAGGAACCUGCACGAGAUCGCCCGCAACGCGCUGGUCAGCAUCUUCCUGCGUCAGCUGGAGUACUUCCAGGGGAUCCUAUUCCUGACGACGAACCGAGUCGAGACCUUUGACGACGCGUUCCAGUCGCGCAUCCACAUCGCCCUGCGCUACGAGAGCCUCACGCAGCGGGCCAAGAAGUCCAUCUUCCGCAUCUUUGUCGAGCGCGUCCGCGUCCUCGAAGGGGUCGAUCUCCGGCCCUUCAGCGAUGACGACUACGAGAGCCUCGCGAAGCACGACCUCAACGGCCGGCAGAUCAAGAACACGGUCCGCACCGCGCAGGCGCUGGCCGUCAACAAGGGCGAGCCGCUCGGCAUGGAACACAUCCGGCAGGUCCUCGACGUCCAGAAUAGUUUUGAUCUGCACCUCAAGGGAGGCGAGUCGUACAAGGACGCUAUGCGCAGUUAUUAUUGAACAGGGUUGGGGUCUUGAUGGUAUGAAGAUGAUGAUCUAACUAGGUUUUGAGCCAAAGAUGUCUUCGGUGUCUCUCGCAAUAUCGCAACUUUUGAGGAACCCUUUGUCAGUCACGUUACACAGGGUGACAAAGAGGUUGCUGCCUCACUAAUAUCGUUCAUGUAGUUCGCGAUGUCGGUACUGCUGCCGUUUUGAAGGGCGACAAGAGGGCGGGGAAUGUGGCCGUCGGUUUCUCUCUGAAUUACAGGCGAACCGACGCAUUUAAGACCUGCCACAACAUCACCAAAGGCCAUCGAAAUAUGUUCAUUGUGAUUCCUGGACUUUUCUGGCUUUCAGUGCUGUUCUUACGCUUACCAUGGCUACAAAACCUUUGCGAGAAGUUGGCAGCGCCACAGACCGGUUGAAUGUGUCGUACAUCAUUAGCUUAGUGGCCCGUGUAUGCAAGAUAUCCGACGCUCCUUGGGGCGUUCUUGAGGGUUGUAGCAGAGACUGUAUCAGGGAAACCUGCUGACGGUGACUGGC